AUACAAGACUUAUUUGUCAAAAGAAUGUACUAAUUUAGAUCUUCCAUUUAUUAUGAACCUAGUGACAGUGGUAGUGUAAAGUCAGUUUAGGUGGGAAAUGCCAAACAAGAUUAAGUUAGAUAUCUUACAGAUUAAUUAUAAGCAGUGAUUAUGUUUAACGAAAAGUUAGAAAAAGAAAUUAACACUUUGAAACAAUAAAAUCAACAAUUAAAAUAAACAGUUGUGGAUAAAGAUAAAUAAAUUCAAGAGACUCAAGAGUCAUAAUAAAAAACAAUUAAUAAAUUGCAGUAAUUUAAUUAUAUAGCAUUUUAGUGUUCUAUUAUCAGAAAACAAAAAAUUAUAAGAGAUCGUGAUUUCUACUAAUAAAAACCUAAAAAAUUCCAAUACUAAAGUUUAGUAACUUUAACAAGAAAAUAAUGUUUUAAAAUAAACUAUGCAAUAGUAGGAAGAAUAUCAUGUUGAAGAAAUGAAAAAAAGAGCAAAUGAAUUAGAAGAACAUUAUUAAUUGAUGCAAAAUAUUGUUUCUGAUCUAACUUAAUAAGUUUCACAACUAUGUGAGGAAAAAUAAAGACUAUAGAAUGAAUUAGAUGAAAAAAAUAGAUUAUAGUAAAAAUGA